CGCUCCGGCAGUUGCAGUUCCCAUGCGCCUCCUCCCCAAACUGCCUCCCAGUCUCGGUGGAAGGACUCGACUCAGGAAGGCGGAGCAGAAGGCGGCCAUGGCGGACGAGGCGGAGCUCGCCGCGGACCAGCACGUCCGCUACAUCGUCACCGUGGAGAAGAAGAAGGACUCGUUCGAGUCGCUGGUGAUGGAGCACAUCCGCCUCAACGGCGCCUACUGGGGCCUCACCACGCUCGACCUCCUCCACAAGCUCCACGCCGUCGACGCCGCCGAGGUCGUCGACUGGAUCAUGUCCUGCUACCACCCCGAAUCUGGCGGAUUUGGAGGGAACGUUGGGCACGACCCGCAUGUCCUCUACACGCUUAGCGCCGUGCAGGUCCUCUGCCUCUUCGACCGGCUCGAUGUCCUUGACGUCGACAAGGUUGCUGAUUAUGUUGCGGGACUGCAAAACAAGGAUGGAUCAUUUUCUGGCGAUACUUGGGGUGAAGUUGACACUAGGUUCUCGUAUAUUGCCCUAUGUACCUUAUCAUUACUGCACCGUCUGCAUAAAAUAGAUGUGCAAAAAGCUGUAGACUUCGUUGUUAGCUGUAAGAACUUGGAUGGUGGAUUUGGUGCUAUGCCAGGAGGGGAGUCUCAUGCUGGACAAAUAUUUUGUUGUGUCGGCGCACUUGCAAUCACUGGGUCCCUGCAUCACAUUGAUAGAGAUCUCCUCGGAUGGUGGCUCUGUGAGCGUCAGUGUAAAGAUGGAGGACUUAAUGGGCGGCCUGAGAAAUUAGCAGAUGUGAGGUUUACUUUGUUAUUAGUCAUGUAUGCUUUGCCUUCAAUACAUGUUGCCACUAUGGAUUUGAUUGAACCGUUACAAAUUCUCAAGGUUUGCUACUCAUGGUGGGUGUUAUCAAGCUUAGUAAUGAUUGAUAGAGUGCAUUGGAUUGACAAGGAAAAGCUAACAAAAUUCAUACUAAACUGUCAGGACAAAGAGAGUGGUGGCAUUUCAGAUAGGCCAGACAAUGCAGUCGAUAUCUAUCACACAUACUUUGGAAUUGCAGGACUUUCAUUAAUGGAGUACCCUGGGGUGAAGCCUUUGGAUCCUGCCUAUGCACUGCCGUUGGAUGUUGUCAAUAGGGUUUUCAUGAAAAAAUAGAACAUUCCAUAUAUGCUGAUUGCUGAGAUCUGCUGAGACGAUGCUGUCAAAUGUGGGUGCUACUUCACAUAAUCACAAUAGUUAGCUUUGACAGAGAAAUAGCUGAGGUGUACAAUCAGUUUUACGUUGGAAACAUGAACAUGUUGGAAUAUCAUAAUAGCACAUCGUGGACUUUUUGAGCAUCGACCAUACAUUGGUACUGAAGUCUACGCUUAACUCAGUCGCAAACAUUGGCUGUGACCUAUCCUCAAUUUGUGCUUAGAUAAUGUUUUUCUAGCA